AAACACAUUCUUUUAUCAUGGCUUUCUCUUUAAUUUGUACAUAUGGAUAAAUUUUUAUUGUGAUUCUCUAUUUGUACAUACGGACACCUUUUUGUGAUAGUCUCUUCCUUAAUUUGUACAUGUGAAAAUGUUUUUAUUUGGUCCCCUCCUAAUAUAUAGAUAUCGACACCCUAUUGUAAUUCUCUUCUUUCUUUAAUAUUUAUGUAAAUUUCAAAUAAGACACUUAUUGUCUUGGUCUUAAACGUAAGUAAAGGUGCUCAAAACAGAUCCGAUGACUUGAUAUUCACCGAGCUUAUAACCGAACUCGAUUUGACGACUUAAAAAUAAAUUUACAAUUAUGUAAAAAUUAAUGUAAACACAAAAUCCGAUUUAAACCGAACUAAAAUACCUGAUCCGAAAUCAACCCGAUGACCCCAAUGAACACCUCUGAUUAUAAGGGGCUAUAUUGUAUGGAAAAAUGAAAUAAAUGUGUGAACAAAAUAAAAGAUGUCAUGACUAAAAAAUGAAAAUGAGACAAAUUCAACAGAAUCCGUUAAAAUAAUGUGUUAGUUGUCUAGGAGUUAGGGAGUAGGUGAUUAUACUAGAUAAACUUUUACAAAUACUAGAAAACUAGUAAAGCUGGGGGCAAAACACAAAACUACAGCACACAUCAGCAGCACGAAGUUUUGAUCUUUAACAACUCUCCAAUAUAAAUUCAGCAAUCUCAUUGCUAGCUAAUUCCACCCAAAUCAAUUCAUAGUCAUAUAAUUUACAAAAUAAUAAAAUAUUAGUAAAUUAAUUAAAAAUACUAAUAAUGUGGAAGAACAUUCUACCCAAGUGCUUCCAUGUAAUGGAAUCAAAACCCAUAUCCAAACCCAAAUCCAUGAUCAAAAAUGAACCAAACAAAGUUGUACCAGCAACAUAUCCACAAAGGCUAUCCAUAUCCGACAUUUGUAACCCGGAUUCGGAAUUCUCCAUUAAUGACCUUUCUAACUCUUUGAUUGGAUCAAAUGUUCGAGUGUUUAGUUUGGAUGAGGUAAAGAUCAUUUCUAAUAACUUCUCUUAUACUGGUAACUUCAUUGGUGAAGGCGGAUUUGGUGUUGUGUAUAAAGGGUUCAUUGAUGAUAAGGUUGGACCCGGAUCCGGGGUUUUAAAAGCUCAACCUGUGGCUAUUAAGGUCUUGGAUUUGCAUGGUUCACAAGGGCAUAAAGAGUGGCUGGCUGAAGUUAUAUAUCUUGGUCAAUUGAGACAUCAAAAUUUGGUGAAGUUGAUAGGGUAUUGUUGUGAGAAUGAACAAAGAAUUCUUGUUUAUGAAUAUAUGGCUAGAGGCAGUUUGGACAACCACUUAUUCCCGAAGUGGUCUAUAGCCAUACCAUGGUUGACAAGAAUAAAAAUUGCGCUAGGAGCUGCCAAAGGUCUAGCAUUUCUUCAUGAAUCUAGUAAAUCUGUGAUCUUAACAGAUUUUAAGGCGGCAAAUAUACUCUUAGAUUCUAAUUUUAAAGCAAAGCUGUCAGAUUUUGGGUAUGCAAGAGAUGGGCCAAAAGGAGAUAAAGGUCAUGUAACUCCAGAACACAUACUAGGUACCGAAGGUUAUGCUGCUCCUGAAUAUCUAGAGGCAGGUCAUUUGACAACCAUGUGUGAUGUGUAUAGCUAUGGAGUAGUGCUUCUCGAGCUAUUGACCGGAAAGAGAUGUAUGGACGAGACUCGUCCUAGACGAGAGCGUUGUCUAGUUGAAUGGGCUCUGCCUUACUUAAAGCAUCCACGACAUUUUAACAUAAUUAUGGACCCUAGGCUCGAGGGACAAUUCUCAUAUCAAGGGGCAAAGGUAGCCACUGCGUUAGCAUAUCAAUGCCUUAGCCCAAAUCCUAAGUCGAGGCCUAUGAUGAGUGCGGUGGUUAAGGCCUUAGAGCCUUUGAUGAAGAUGGAUGAUAUUCCUAUUCAUUUUGUCUAUGUUGUGCCAAAAGAAAUAGAUACAAAAGAGUGUUCAAACCAAGUAAAAAAUACGAAAAAGGAUGAGAACAGAUUUAGACAUAACGCUUUGCAUUGGAAGCUUAAUAAUGCCAUACUAUAGAUGUCACUCGCUACAGUAUAUGGAGCGUAAACAAUAAUUUUUAAUGAUCUAUCUGAUUGAAUUGGUCUCAUUAACUAUGAAAAUGCUCCAUUUACACUAAAGUAAUGUAUAUCAUUUUUAGUAAAGAAAAUGUACAUAAUAUAAUUAAGCUUUUUUUAGACUGAUUUUUCUAUCGUUUACAAAAUAGUGUUGAUAAUUAGAAAUGUAAAUUUUGCUGUAAAGUAUAAAAAGGUGUAAAAAAUGAUGUGUUAGCUUUGCAUAAAGAAAUAUGAUCUUGUAAAAGCCUUCAUAUUUCAAGACUUUAUACGUGCUCUUGAAAAUUUAGACAUUGCAAGUGUCU